AUGGCAGCUUCCAGUUUAGGAUCAGUACAACACUUUCUUGAAAAACAGUUGAUGCGCGUCUCUAUCCCCAGAAUCUGUUCUUUCAAUUUCGCACGAACCAACCACAAACUUAAAUGCUGUAGUUUCAGCCUCAGUUGUUAUGCAACCCAGGUUUCUUUUAGGCUUACUUUUGACCAGUCACAGCUUUUUGAGUGCCUAAGUCAAAACAGACUUCAUGAUGCCCGCAAGUUGCUCGACAAAUUGUCUGGUAGAGAUGGUCAUAGCUGUGUCGUUCAUUGGACUUCACUGCUCACAAAAUACUCGAAAUGUGGUUGGGUUAAUGAGGCUCGAAAUUUAUUUGAUAUCAUGCCUGAGAGAAACAUUGUUACGUAUAAUGCCAUGUUAUCAGGGUAUGUGCAGUCUAGGAGGUUAUACGAGGCUUUUCAAUUUUUUGAGAAGAUGCCGGAAAAGAAUGUCGUUUCAUGGACGUCGAUGCUUUGUGGAUUGGCAGAUGUUGGGAGGAUUGAUGAGGCUUUGAGGUUAUUUGAUGUGAUGCCUGAAAGGAGUGUAGUUUCUUGGAAUUCAAUGGUUUCCAAGUUGAUUAAGAAUGGGGAUUUAGAGGGAGCAAGGAUAGUUUUCGACCAAAUGCCAACACGAAAUAUAGUUUCUUGGAAUGCUAUGAUUGCAGGGUACACAGAAAACUGUAGAAUGGAAGAAGCAAGGCUUCUAUUUGAUGAGAUGCAAGAUAGGAAUGUCAUUACUUGGACUAGCAUGAUAUCUGGUUAUUGUAGGUCUGGCGACGUGGAUGAGGGGUAUUCUUUGUUUCGAGCAAUGCCUGAACGGAAUGUUGUUUCUUGGACGGCAAUGAUUGGUGGGUUUGCUUGGAAUGGCUUCCAUAAAGAAGCCCUGUUGGUUUUUCUUGAAUGGAAAGCAAGCACUAACAUGAAACCAAAUGUAGAGACUUUUAUAUCACUUGCUUAUGCAUGUGCUGGUGCGAGUUUCUCUUCUCUUGGUAAGCAAUUACAUGCUCAAUUAAUUAUUAAUGGUUGGGACAAGGAAGAUUAUGAUGACAGAUUAGGUAAGAGCCUUGUUCACAUGUAUUCUGCAUUUGGUAACAUGGAUUUUGCGGAAUUUAUUUUUACCAAAAAUUUAAAGAGCUUUUCCAUUCAAUCUUGUAACCAUUUGAUCAAUGGUUAUAUUCAGAUUGGACAAUUAAAUAGGGCUCAAACUUUGUUUGAGAAAGCACCAAUCCGAGAUAAGGUCUCCUGGACUUCUAUGAUUGGUGGGUAUUUCAGUGUCGGAGAAGUGUCUAAAGCUUGUCAUCUAUUCUGGAACCUGCCGGACAAAGAUGCAAUAGCAUGGACUACGAUGAUUUCAGGCCUUGCGCGCAAUGAGCUUUUCACAGAAGCGACAAAUAUAUUUUCGGAGAUGAGGGUCCAAGGUGUUUCGCCAUUAGGUUCAACAUAUUGUAUUCUUCUUGGGGCCAUGGGUGCUAUGGCAUAUCUUGAUACUGGAAGGCAGUUUCAUGGCCUGGCAUUAAAAACACAAUAUAAGUUCGAUUUGAUUAUUGAUAAUUCACUUAUCUCUAUGUAUGCUAAAUGCGGAGAGAUAAAUGCUGCCUAUAGCAUAUUCUCAAAUAUGGUUUUUCAGGAUGUAGUUUCGUGGAAUUCCAUAAUCAUUGGGUUUUCAAAUCACGGGCUUGCAAACAGAGCUUUUGUGACCUUUGGAGCUAUGGUGCGAUCCAGGACGCUCCCAAACUCAGUGACCUUUUUGGGUAUUCUAUCUGCUUGUAGCCAUGCAGGACUUUUACGUAGAGGGUGGGAAUUUUUCAAUGCCAUGAGCAAUGUUUAUGCAAUUCAGCCAAGUUUAGAACAUCACAUCUGUAUGAUCGAUCUUUUAGGGAGAGCUGGGAAAGUAAAGGAAGCAUACGAUUUUGUCUCCAGGCUACCUUUUAAACCAGGGCCAGCUGUUUGGGGGGCAUUGCUUGGAAUUUGUGGGUUAGGCGAGACAAAUGCUGAGGUUGCUAGUCAUGCAGCGCAACGGCUAUUUGAACUGGAAUCUCUAAAUGCACCUGCCAAUGUGGUGCUUUGUAACAUUUAUGCAGCAAACAAUCAGCAUGUAGAAGAGGAAAUGUUGAGGAAGGAGAUGAGACUAAGAGGCAUGAGAAAGGUUCCUGGAUGUAGCUGGAUACUGUUGUCAGGGAGAGUUCAUGUGUUUCUCUCAGGAGAUAAAGUAAAACCGGAAGUGGAUGACAUGUUGUUGCUAUUAUUCAGGACCUUUGGUAAAACAUUACAACUGGGAAUUUACAUUUGA